GUCCCACGAGUGUUUAGACAUGGCAGAAGUCGCUCCAGCUCCCGCUCCUGCAAAGGCACCCAAGAAGAAGGCGGCAGCCAAGCCCAAGAAGGCUGGACCCAGCGUCGGCGAGUUGAUCGUCAAGGCGGUGUCCGCUUCCAAGGAGAGAAGCGGCGUGUCCCUGGCAGCGGUCAAGAAAGCCCUGGCGGCCGACGGCUACGACGUAGAGAAGAACAACUCCCGCGUCAAGAUCGCAGUGAAGAGCCUCGUCACCAAAGGAACCUUGGUCCAGACCAAAGGGACGGGCGCUUCGGGCUCUUUUAAGAUUAACAAGGAGGCGGAGGCCAAGGCAAAGAAGCCCGUUAAGAAGGUCGCCGCUCCGAAAGUCAAAAAGGCAGUCGCCAAGAAACCCGUUGUUGCCAAAAAGCCCAAGAAGGUCGCUGCGAAGAAGCCCGCAGCUGUCAAGAAGUCACCCAAGAAGGCUAAGAAGACCGCGGCAGCCAAGAAGGCAACCAAGAGCCCCAAGAAGGUGAAGAAGACCGCAACACCCAAGAAAACAGUGGCCAAGAGUCCCAAAAAGGCAGCCAAGCCCAAAGCAGCCAAGCCCAAGGCAGCCAAGGCAAAGAAACCAGCGCCUAAGAAGAAGUAAACCUUAGUCCGCGUCUGUCCGUAUUACAAAAAAAGGCUCUUUUAAGAGCCACCCACCUGUCCUGAAAUGUGCAUGAUGACCAUGUUGUUUGCUCGUGUAGGCUACCAAACACUUACACAUGCAUGAUGGUCUUUCAUAAUGCUUAGUUAACUUGGAGUCUUUGGAACCCACUUCUGUUGCACCUUAAAUUAUCUUAGUCUCAGACAUUAGCUAAAUCGAUGAUAAAUAAGAUACAAAAAAGCAAAUGGACUAGUUGC